CUGUAUGCGUAUAGAUAGUAUCUGCACCAUAGCGCAGAGUGAGGGUGGUUCGAGCAGCAGAACUGCAUAGUAAGCAUAUGACUUCCACUGUCUCGGUAGCGGCAAGCAAUGUUAUUCAAUUAUCGGAUGAGAUCCUAUGUCCUAGAACGGCGCGACUGACCGCCGGAGGGCUGUCGGGCCUCCUUCUUACCGAUGGCGCGAGAACGGCGUACCUCGACAGCGCUGCGAGCAUCGCGGGGUGGCAGGAGCACGUAUUUACGCAGGCGCCUGUGGCAUCAACAUCACCAUCAGCCCAAGCAGGGGGCAAAAGCAAGGCUCGGACUCCGCCCGCCCCAGUGCACUUCGUCAGCCUGUCGCCUGACCUCCAGGCGGCGCCCUGCCAACCCACCACCACCGCUAGCUCCUCGCUGCCGCCCCGCCACCUAGCAGCUGUGUCCACAGGCACUCAGCUGCAGGUGAUAUCACUGGGGUCUGGCUCAGCGACCGCCAACCCGUCGCAGCGUAGCCAGGGGCCACCGGAAGCGAUGGGGGCUGCAGCCAAGGCCGGGGCUGGGAGGAGCCUGGGCGUCCUGGCGGCGCCGCAGCCCUUCACCUGGCUGAACGUGUCUUGGCUCGCGGUGACUGGCAGCAACCGUGGUGGCGGCGGCCAUGGUAGCAACAGCAACCGCAGCACCAGGGGCGAGGCGAGCGGCGGCCCUGCAGCCGGCGCCACAGCCCAGCCAACACCGGGUGGGGCGCGGGCAUGCCACUGCCUCCUGGCAGCCGUGUGCCAGGCCGAGCUGCGGGUGGUGCUGUGCGACCCGGCUGCAGCCACUGCGGCCCCAACAGAAACCGCCACCGCGGCACCGGAUGAAAAGGCUGAGUCAUCAGCAGUCACCUCCACUCCCGCCUCCGCACCUCAUUCACGCUGCGGUCUCCGCACCGUGGGGCAGCUGCUGCCGCCGCCGUCGCUCGCAGCGGGGGGCGGCGGGGGCGCGGCCCCGGUGUGCCGCUCCUCGCAGUGCCAUGUGGCAUGGGUGGGUGACUGCGCUGACGGCGCCGGUGCCGUCGUGACACUGGUGGCUGCCUGGGGUGCGGACAUCGAGGUGGUGGGCUGGGUGCUCCGGGACCUGUUGGUCGCUCCCGCCGCACCCACGGCGUCCACUGGAGCCGGCGCAGCUGCAGCUGGCGUAGCUGCGGCGCUGCCGCCGCCCGCCAGCCGCCGCACACUGCUUCUGGGCGUGCCGGGGCCGCUGAGUGCGGUCGCGCCGGGGCCGUGGGGCUCCGUGGUCGCCGCCACCUCCGCCGCCCUUGCACUGGCGCUCACGACAGCACCAGAGCCGCCGGCUUGUGCAGCUGCCGACAGUGACGCGGCUGCUGAGAUGGACGGCGCCAUUAGCAGUCCGGGGGACGAGGCGGCGGCGGUGGUGGCGGCGGCAGCCGCAGGAGCACCCGCGGCGCCCGAGGUGCUGGACCUGAGGGGGCGGCUGGUGGGCGGAGAUGGAGGCGGCGAGCUGUUAGGCGGUGGGAUUAUUGGCGGAUGUGGUGGCGGUGACGUGGGCCCGUCUCCGGCUGGUCUGUUCAACAUUUCCAGCCUGGCCGCAGAGGAGGCGGAGGCCGGAGGCGCCGCGGCAGCGGCUCGGCGGCCUGUGGGCGUGCUAGGCGGCGCCGCCUCCUCUGCUGGCAGCCAAUGUCGGGCAGUGCCCGGCAAUAGCAGCCCCAGCCUGGGCGCGGUGCCGGGGCGGUUCCUGCUGGGUGACGCAGUGGCCGCGGCGCCGCCCGCAGCGCUGUGUGUGGUGUGGCCGGGACGCCUGGCCUCGCCCUCCGCCCCCACCUUGUCCGCUUCGUCGUCAAGCAGCAGCAGCCGGCCGCUGGACGCCUUCCGCGCUCUGGCGCCGCUGUCCAUACCGCGGCCCGACCUGAUUGCAGCCUGCAGCGGCGGAUGCAGCAGCGAUAGCACAGGCGGCACUAGCAGCAUGAGCGGCAGUAGCGGUAGCCUGGUGCUGGUGGGCAGUAGCAUGGGCCCUCCGCUGGUGGCGGCGUUCGGCCUCACGCCGCGCGGCGGCCUCACGCCGCUCAUGACGCUGUCGCCGGCGCUGCCGCCCGGAGCCCUGGACCCAGCCCGAGGCCGGCUGCGGGGCCUCGCACUGGCGCCUGCGGCACGCGGUGGCAGCGGUGCAGGAGGCGGUGGCGGUGCAGGAGGUGGGACGGGCGUGGCGCUGGUGGUGGUGGUGGGCGAGUCGGAGCCGGCAGUGGCGGGCGCGGGCAUUGUUGGCUUCGGCAAGGCGCCGGGUGCGGGCGCGCCGGCGGUGCGCCUGGCGCCGCUGCUGGCGUCCGUGCACACGCUGCCGCCGCAGCUGGCCGCACACGCCGCCCCGCCGCUGCCGCCGCCGCCCGCUCCCUCGCAGCCUGUCACGCCGGCGCCGGCGGCGACGCAGGCGGCAUCGGCAUUGACGUCGGCACCAGCACCAGCGGCCGUGGCCCCUGCGCCGGCCGCUCCGCCCCCCGCUGCAGCCCCCGCUGAUGUGGUGGCUGCGGCAGUGGUGGGUCAGCUGGCGGAGCUGCUGGAGGGCCUGAGGCGGCACGUGGACAGCCGGUUGGACGAGCUGUCGGGCAGUGUACAGGCCCAGGCGGUACGGCUUGAACGCCUCGAGGCGAGCGUGUUGGAGAAGCAGCAGCAGGAACAGAAGCAACAGAAGUAACAAGUCGUUUGGUUGUUGCCGGUUGCAUAUACGUGGUCUGGCUCCGUGUGUCCUCAAGUUGAGGGCGGCUAUGUCGUGUAAUGCUGCGUAGCAUUGUGUCCCAAGACGAUGGUCGUGGGCAAGGUCGUGGCUCAGCUUCCUGACAGAGAGGCGGGCCCUUGGUUUCUGGGGCUGAGGAGGACUGCGAGGAUGGCGUGCCCGAUCCCUGGGUUCUUGGCC